AUAUAUUAAUAUCAUAUGGCCAACGAGACACACAACCAAACCGGGUUCAAGUUAGUUGGGUGCAAAAAUUUCAUCCGAACCAACCCAAAAACAGACCGGUUCAAAGUAAAACACUUCCACCACGUCGAGUUCUGGUGCACCGACGCAACAAACACUGCACACCGUUUCUCUCAUGGACUCGGCAUGCCAAUCGUCGCCAAAUCCGACCUCUCCACCGGAAACCUUACUCACGCUUCCUAUCUCCUCCGCUCCGGUGACCUCAAUUUCCUCUUCACCGCCGCAUAUUCCCCUUCCAUUUCUCUCUCCUCACCUUCCUCAACCGCCUCCAUUCCAACUUUCUCCCCCUCCACUUGCUUCUCCUUCUCCAACUCCCACGGCCUCAACGUCCGCGCCCUCGCUGUCGAAGUUGAAGACGCGGAACUCGCUUACACCGUCAGCGUAAGCUACGGCGCACUUCCAUCAUCUCCUCCCGUCGUUCUUGAAAAUGGCGUCAAACUCGCCGAAGUUCGUCUCUUCGGCGACGUCGUUCUACGUUACGUCAGUUACAACAACCCGAAUCAGAACCAGAACCUGUUAUUCCUCCCUGGUUUCGAAACUCUUUCAGGUGAAUCAUCUAAUUCAUCACUAGAUUUCGGAAUCCGGCAACUAGACCACGCCAACGGAAACGUACCGGAGCUUUCAUCGGCGUUGAAAUACAUCAAACAAUUCACUGGUUUUCACGACUUUGCGGAGUUCACAGCUGAAGAUGUUGAGAGUGGAUUGAACGCAGUAGCACUGGCGAACAAUGAUGAAACGGUGUUGCUUCCGUUGUGCGAACCUGUUUACGGAACAAAGCGCAAGAGUACGAUAGAAACGUAUUUGGAGCACAAUGAAGGUGCCGGGUUUCAGCAUUUGGCUUUAGCGUCUGAAGAUAUAUUCAAGACAUUGAGGGAAAUGAGAAAGAGAAGUGGUGUUGGUGGUUUUGAGUUUAUGCCUUCUCCUCCGGUGACUUAUUAUCGUAAUUUGAAGAAUCGCGUUGGCGAUGUUUUGAGUGAUGAACAGAUUAAGGAGUGUGAAGAGCUUGGGAUUUUGGUUGAUAGAGAUGAUCAGGGUACUCUGCUUCAGAUUUUUACUAAGCCCAUUGGAGAUAGGCCAACCAUAUUUUUAGAGAUAAUUCAGCGAGUUGGAUGCAUGCUCAAGGAUGAGGAAGGGAAGGAGUACCAAAAGGGAGGAUGUGGGGGCUUUGGGAAAGGCAAUUUCUCUGAGCUUUUCAAAUCCAUUGAAGAAUAUGAGAAGACUUUGGAAACUAGAAGAACUGCAUAAUUCAUGUUGUGAUCUUUGGUGUUCCUCCUUCUUUUCCAACAAGUCAUUGGGUUACUGCAAUGCAAAUCUCCAUUGGUCUUUUCAUCCUUUCUUUGACCAAGUGGUGUGUGGGAGGUUGGAGUCCAUGGAACAAGGUUGUUCUCAUACUGAGCCAACUAGACAUAAAUCAACAUGUGUAAACAGUUAAAUAACAAAUGUUUUAGAUUUUACUAUUUAGCUAGAAAAGAUACUUUAAACACAAUAAACAUGUUGGAAAUAGUUAGUUUCAUGUAGUCUUGGGUUCGUGUUAGAAAUGUAUUUAGGGAGUCUUGUAUUUAUUUAUUUCUCCUUGUAAGCAUAGCAUGUAAUAAUAAUUAUGGAGUGUAUAAAAUGGUUGUUGAGUGCUUUACUCACUCAAGCACUUUCAGAGAA